UAGCUAUAAUCCAAGAAAAUCGGUUAAGCCGUUUGAAAGUUAUCAGCUCUUUUCUAGUUACUGUAACCUUCACUUGUUGGGGGUGUUAUAAAUUUUUAAUUUACACUUGUUCAACAUCCAUCAUGGGUGACCUUGGUGGGAGGAGGAUAGCAUGAAAGUCUGUGAAAUUAUUUGCGAAUGUUGUAAAAUUGAAUGUAAUUGUACGCAGGUUAAUACCAGAAUCUAAUGUGAAUCACGAAAGUUAUACCAUGCACGAACCUACUAAAUACUGUUAAGCUAAAUCUCAAUAGAGAGUGUAUCAGUGUAAUGCUGUAAUUGACCCCAGAAUAAACUUGUCAGCAUUGGGUAGUGGGCAUGAUUAUAUUCUCUUUGCUCAUAGGAUCAUCCUACUAUCUAUCAGUGGCGUGCAUAGGGUUGAAAGCCAGGGUAAACACUGGGUAUGAACUUAUUUUCUGGCAGGUCAUAAUGGAAAAUAAGCAUUGAUCUAUUACAACUAGGGUAGCCAGUACUUUUAUACCUCUAUGAGCUGCACGCCACUGGUGUCUAUAUAUUAUAACAAUCAGUGUUUUUGUGCAAAAAAACCUAACAACGUUUUAGCACGUUCAGUAUUAUAUUUUGUCAGUACCAAAACAUUAUUUAAAGUGGAUUUAAAAAUUGAAAAAUGCUAAACAAUUCCAUUCACCACCUCUCAGUUUAUUAAUUAAGUUCUUUUAUACGCAUGCACAGUAAUAAUUAAUUUUAUCGCAAAUAGCUACUUUCUAUUUCGAUAUGUAGUGCAAUGUAAGAAACACAUUUCAUUAAGUUUAUUAAUCAGACAGUGUUUUAUUUUAAUCAUAACUUGAUCAGAUUGUUUUGAAUUUAUGUUAUAGUCAAAAGUUGUAACUGCGCCGAUCCUAGGUUUGCCUAAUCAACGAAUGAAUACAGAAACGAUAUAGUAAAAUUUCAGGUUUGACAACAUCACUAGUCAAAAUCAUGACGAAAACAAGAAAACAAGUCAAUUGUUUAACUCUGUCAACUUGUCAAAUCUUAAAUGUAAAACAUUGUAAGCGAUCUUUAAUAUUUUACCGUGAUGAGGAAAAUUUUGAUACUUAAAUAACUAUGAAUCGAAUCUACUUCUAUAAAUUAUGUAAUUAUUUUAUUCAUAAUUACCUAAACUUAAAUCGUCUUAGAUAUGCGUGGGAUUCCGUUUUUUGAGUCAAUAUUAUAUGGGGUUUGUGAGAUAUGAUUAUAAAUGAAAGUACCGUCUAUGUGGACUAUUUCUUUAUAUAACUUUGUGGUAUGAUGCUAAAUUCGGUUGAACACAAAUCUACUUAAUUUUCAGCACAACUAUAUUUUUCCGAAAACAUUGUGAAAAGGAUAGUACUUUUAAACCUCAUAGUUUAUUUUUAUUUGAUUAAUGUCCCUAAUUAAUAAUUAUUAUUUAUAUAUCUGUAAUAAGCCGAUAAGUUGCUUAGCAAUAUUGUUUACAUAUUAAUCAAAAAUACCAUCCAAAUUAUUGACAGAAUAACAACGUUGCUGAAUAACAUGUCAAAAGAUUACAGGAAUAGGUUGAUAUUAUUAAUUUCGGCCUUGAAUGUUUAGAAUUGAGAGAAAUCUCGAAAUAAUGUUUUUCUGUACGACCAUAUUAGCACCAAUUCUUCACUUAGGAAUUGUUAUAUCAUUAGCCAAGCCAAAUACCCAUGUAUUUCCCACUAAUACAAGUGAUUCAUCUGACUUCGAAAAUAUCCUUUGUAUGACCUAUCAUAAUAUCCUUAAGUGUGUAUCCUCAUAACUAAUGUUCCAAGAAUCUGGAUAUUUUACUGGUAAUUUGUGAGAUGAAUCAAUUUGAAUAAAUUUAAAUUAUCGUGUUAGAAAACUAUAUUAUAAUCCAAAUCUGUUUUUUUGGCCCACUAAAUAUAAUAAGUAUUCUGUAUUUUUGUAAAAAUACAAAAUAUCCUUCAAAAAUUAUUAUUUAUGAUUGAUUGAUUACACUGAUGAUGUAAAUUAUAAGGAUCUAUAUAGUUUAAUUUUAGGCAAAUUAAUCUUAAGUACGUUAUCUUAAGGAUCUUAAUUAAUAUUAAGUAUCUUAUCAUAAGUAUCUUAAGUUAUGUUGGAAGGUACGUCAUACACAAAUCAAAAAUAAAAGGCAUGAAACCUGAAUGCGUGUGUUAUUCCGUUUUGUCAUUUUGCUGCGGCGUUCUUAUGAUUUAUACUUUGCAAUAGCAUUUACUCUUUUUGCUUCCAGUUAAAAAGUUGGCAGGUGGACGUAAAGAUUUUUUUUGUUUUAUCAAAAAACUUAAGUCAUUGUUCACAAUCAGUUAAGUGUAAUUUGCAAUUUGAGACUGAAAACGUAAAGAAUUCAUUAAAUUAUUUUUAUUUCUUAUAAGAACUUUUAAUAAUGUUCGGAACACAGCCUAUAUUGUUUGUUUUAAUUUAUUGUGUUAGUGCUAUACUGGCGAAAAGUUUUAAAAUUUCUAUGGUUUCAUCAGGAAACUCAAACCAGCCAGCACUGUUCUUACACGGAGAGAGCCCCGUAUGGGAUACGGAAACGCAGUCGCUUUACUUCGUGGACGUCCACCGACAGAAUGUACACAGGCUGGAUUACGCCACUGGGAGACUAUUCACGAAGCAUAUUGGUUAUGGUCAAGUCAACGUGGUAUCGCUUGUGGCGGAUUCCAAGCGUUACCUAGUAGCAGUGCGAUCGGCGCUAUAUCUUCUGGACUGGGACGUGCCGGGGGACGCGGCUCUGAGGCUGCUCACUGCCGUGGACCUUGGGUUACCAGAUAACGUGAUCAAUGACGGGAAACCAGACUCUCAGGGAAGGUUUUGGUUCGGUACAAAGGGUCCUCACAUAGGAAAUGACGUACUUCCAGACCAAGCUACAUUCUACAGCAUUAGCCAAGACAGCUUCAUAAGUCCACGUGUUCAUUUGCGACCCAUAACGAUCUCCAAUGGGCUGACUUGGGCGCUCAAUAACAGUGUCUUCUAUUACAUCGACUCGCCGACGCAGAAGAUCGAGGCUUUCGACUUUGAUCAGGAAAAUAGAGAAAUCAGCGGCAGGAGAACAAUCCUCGAUAUAUCAAUGCACGGGUAUGAACACGCGAUACCGGAUGGCAUGACUAUAGACAAUCGAGGGCAUCUGUGGGUGGCGAUUAUGUUUGGGGGCUCGGUAUUAGAAAUAGAUCCUGAUAAGAGAAUGAUAGUAAACGGGUACAACCUGCCAGUUUCGCAAGUCACGUCCCUUUGCUGGGGCGGACCCAACUUGGACGAACUGUUCGUCACAACGUCACAGUAUCGACUGAGUAAACCCGAGCCGAUGGCCGGAGCCGUAUUUACUAUACGAGGAACUGGGAGCCGUGGUUUGCCCAGUUUCCAAUUUAGAUUUGACAAUGCUGAUAUCUAUUAACGUUCAGAUGCCAUCAUUGAACUUUUAUAGUUUAACUAGCUGAUGCCCGCGACUUCGUUUGCGUGGUUAGUUUAUCAUUCGCGUGGAUUUUGUUUACUGAAAUCCCGUGGGAUCUCUUUGAUUAUCCGGGACAGAAGUAGCCUAUAUCAUUGUCCUGGGUCUUUAAAUAUACCAUGCAAAUCCUAAUUUAUAAGAAAUUUUUUAACAUUGUGGUCACUGUUGUACACAAUCUCUUAAUUAAGGAUAUUGACAGGUCUAAGGCUAAGGUCGAGUUAAAAGGGGACAGAGUUAUGUGAGAGAUGUCUCGUUUUAACUCUGUCUUAUGUCUAAGCAAAGUCAGAGUGCGCACUAUAGAUCUCACCCUUAAUGUUGUGUUAACCUUUUCGGCAGGAAGCAAUAUGAAAGGGAUAACGAUCAAUCAACCAUUUAUUUAUAAUUAGACCUGUCAUUUAAGGUUAGUUUAGAAAUUGUGUACAGUGGAAUUAUACAUAUAAAAUGUUAUUACUUAGUGUUCAUAGAUUAGUUUUACUAUGUACCUGUAAAUAGUUGAUGAUUAUAGUACGUUUGUAAAAAGGCAAAAUUAAAAUUAAAUGAUUAUAUUAUAAUUCA